CCUUCUUUUCUAUUUAUAUUGACCCUUCUCCUUUACUUACAGCUUUGGAAAGAAAAAUAUCAAUGAGGCAAAGUAGAGAGGAGCUCAUAAAACGAGGAGUGCUGAAAGAAAUUUUUGAUAAAGAUGGGGAACUUUCCAUACCAAAUGAAGAAGGAACUUUGGAGAAUGGGCAGCCUCUGGGCUCCGGGCAGGUGCUGAGCUCCAGCCAGGUAUCCCUGCCAGCCCUGGCAGAACUGGAGUCAGGUCCAGCAUCUGGGGAACCCUGCUCAUAUGAGGUGCUCCCGACCACAGAGAUCAUGGAUGGGACAGUGUCUGAAGAGAGCCCCACAUCCAAUGAAUCCGGCGUCCUCCUGUCCCAAGAUCCUACAGCUAAGCCAGUCCUGCUACUUCCCCCCAAAAAAUCUGCUGCUUUCCCUGGAGACCAUGAGGACACCCCAGUGAAACAGUUGUCCCUCCUCAAACAGCCCCCUGCCCUGCCUCCUAAACCUAUUGCCAGGAUUGCCAGCCACUUAACUGAUCCUGGUGCUCCUGUGAAACUGCCUUGUAUGCCAGUUAAACUGUCACCUCCACUACCUCCAAAGAAAGUCAUGAUUUGCAUGCCUUUAGGGGGGCCAGACCUCUCUCUCGCAUCCUAUUCCACACAGAAGAGCUCCCAGCAGCCUUUGACUCAGCACCAUCACACUGUCCUGCCAUCCCAGUUAGCAGCUCACCAGCACCAGCUCCAGUACGGCAGCCACAGUUCUGGGUCCAGCACGUUGCCCAUUCACCCUUCGGGGUGCCGGAUGAUAGAGGAACUCAAUAAAACGCUAGCCAUGACCAUGCAGAGACUAGAAAG